AUGUUCUUCUACCCCUCAGAUGGACGGUAUAGAAGGUACAGUCUGAAGAAACAUCCUGCUUCACCUUUGAAUGGGGAGAUAGAAGAUGAUGACAUCCCAGCAGAAUCUUCAGGAAGAAACCACGUGACCCUGUGUUCACAUCGGGCACGUCACAGUGCAGAUCCUGAAGAAGGGGAAACCUUCCUGCGUUCUAAACCUGGUGACUCUUAUGACCAGAGAGCGGUCCUCCAUGCACCACAGAGACUUCACCAAAACGAGAAGCCCUUUCCAUGUUCUGAGUGCGGGAAAUGUUUUUCUCAGAAACAGCAACUCGUUAGGCACCAGAAAACUCAUUCGGCCGAGCAGCCAUUUUCCUGUUCGGAGUGCGGAGAGAAGCCGUUUUCAUGCUCUGAAUGCGGGAGAUGUUUUUCCCACAGAAGAAAUCUCGCCUCGCACCAGAUGACUCAUACAGGAGAGAGGCCAUUUUCCUGUUCGGAGUGUGGGAAAUGUUUUUCCCAAAAGUCCACCCUGACCACCCAUGAAAAAAUUCACACGGGGGUGAAGCCGUAUUCCUGCUCCGAAUGCGGGAAAUCUUUCUCCCAUAAAUCUUCCCUUAUUGGGCAUGAAAAAGUCCACACGGGAGAGAAGCCGUUUUCAUGUACAGAGUGCGGUAAGCGUUUUUCCCUAAAAUCAAAUCUCAUAGCACAUGAAAAAGUUCACACGGGGGAAAGGCCAUUUUCAUGCGUCAAAUGCGGUAAAAGUUUUUCCAUGAAGUCCAACCUUCUCAAGCAUGAAAAGGUUCACACAGGGGAGAAGCCAUAUCCAUGCCAGGAAUGCGGAAAAGGUUUCACCGAUAGAACCCACCUUAUUUUACAUCAGAGAACUCACACGGGCGAGAAGCCCUUUUCCUGUAACGAUUGUGGUAAAUGCUUUUCUCGGAAAUCGAAUCUUCUCGAACACGAAAAAGUUCACAGAGGGGAGAAGCCGUUUUCCUGUGAGUGUGGGAAACGGUUCUCAAAGAAGUCCUCCUUUAUGUCACAUCUUAGUUCCCACAGGGAGGACCUUCCUUUGUUGGAGGAUGGAAGCUGA